UGGGUUGGAAAAAGAAAAAGAAAAAAAAAGCCAGUUUGGAGUUCGACUCCGAGCGCAGCGACUGAUUAAAAGAGAGACCGAUUUGCGUACACCUUUCACAAACGACCUUCAUUCAAUCUGUAAUCGUCGGACGCGUCUCCUGCGCCGGGAGGCUCCGAUCUGCUGCCGUUUUCUCCGGCAAUCAUUGCCUGACGAAUUAAGAACUUCGUCGUUGGAUCUGGUCGCUUCCGCUUAUCUGCCGUCUCCGCUCUCUGAGUUUAUUCCAGAAACCAUGCAGUUCUUUGGUGGGUCAGAGAUUAGCCCUUCGCCUCCAGUGCCGACUACAACUGGAAACAAUGUGCAUAUGAUGUAUAUUUUCAAUAGGAAUGGAGUUUGUUUGUUCUACAGGGAAUGGAAUCGGCCUCUCCGGACAUUGAAUCCCCAGCAAGACCACAAACUCAUGUUUGGUUUGCUCUUCUCGCUUAAGUCCUUCACUGCGAAGAUGGACCCAACCAGCGCUGAUAAAGGAAAUCUUGGGGUGCCUCAGUUACCUGGCCAAGGUUGUUCAUUCCACAGUUUUCGUACAAAUACCUACAAGCUCAGUUUUACUGAAACUCCAUCAGGGAUAAAGAUUAUCCUGGUUACCCAUCCUAGAACCGGUGACCUGAGGGACUCAUUGAAGUACAUCUACAACUUGUAUGUUGAAUAUGUAGUGAAAAAUCCCAUCUACAGUCCAGGAACCCCAAUCAGGUGUGAGCUAUUCAAUACAAGUCUUGACCAAUAUGUAAGAAGUAUAUAAUCAGAGGUAGUGACUGCUCUGCCGUUUUAGUUUCAUUCAAUUUGUAUGCUCUGUCUUUUUUCAAUGAAUGAAUGCGAUUCACUGGAUAUGGUGCAGUUUCAGGCUAUUAAAAUGCCUACUUGGGAGUUUCCUUUUGUUUUCUAUUGAUUCCUGUAGAGAGUGCACCGGUGUGAAUGAUUCUAGUUUAUCUUUUUCCUUUCUCCCCUUUUUUCUCCCAGCAUUCUGCGGCAACUUCUUUGUGAUAGUGGUGGAAGAAAAAAGAAAAAAAAGGAAUUUUAGUACAAAUCUUUGCUGCUCAUGUAUAGUUUAUAGUAACGCAUCUAUAUAUCUCUUGUUACAUUUACACACGUACCAUACAUUAGGCGUUCUUUGUGUAAAAAUGUGAAAUGUUUUCAAA